CCUUUCUCCUCUGAUUACUAUCUGUACCAUUUCUUUUCUUCCCUUCAUACGACCUUACAAGUCUCUUUAUCCUAUUGCAUGGACGAAGAGUCCCCAACGAUCCCCGUAUCUGACCCGGUUCCUGCCCAUCAUGCCAGCCCAGUUGUAGCAUUCAUCAUCGGUCUCGCGAUUAUUCUUCUGGCUUCAGUCUUGAACGCGGCUGGACUGAAUUUAACAAAGUUGGACCAUGUGCGAACGCAGGCCAUACCGAAAGCGUCGCGAAGAAAGGAUUGGUUAAGGCCGCUAUGGCUUCUUGGCAUGUUGUUAUACAUUUUGUCGCAAUUAAUUGGCAGUACUCUUGCGUUGGAAUACAUGCGAGCUGAAUAUGUUGCUCCGCUUGGUUCUACCUCACUCGUCUUCAAUUUUCUCUUCGCUCGAUUCCUCGUUGGUACUCCAGUGACGAGCACAGACAUAUAUGGCACUAUCGUCGUUAUCAUUGGUGUCGUUGGUAUCGUUGCAUUUGGAUCCAUCAACAGUGGUCUUGCGACCGAGACCGAUGUUGAACAUCUCACUCAGUUAUGGAGACGAGGAGGAUGGCUCAGUUUCUUCUUCGUAAUGUCCUUUGCCUUGAUUUUACUUCUUUAUUUUACCUCCAAGCUGGAUGAGCUGCUGGGGAACAGAGGGCACAUCGUCGGUGACAGUGACAAUCCCGUCAUCACCGGUGGCGGUCAGGAUUCAAGUCUUGUGUCUACUGCUAGAAGAGUCUGGGCAUUUCUGCAGCUGCAUACGACAAGACAAUCGCCUUGGACUCUUGGAAUUGGUUGGGCAUGCUGUGGUGGUGGAUUGGCGGGAGGUACUUUGGUAUUCGCUAAAGCAACGGUAAAACUUCUCUCUGGAUCUUUGUCACACCAGAACCCGGGCAAUCAGUUCGGCCAUGUCGCACCCAUUUUCACUAUUGUCCUGCUAGUGAUUACCUGCUGUCCUUCAGAUUGUUUGCUUGAACCGCGGACUGAAGGUUUACUGACUCCACGUUGGUCGUGCCCGUGUUUUACUGGCGUAUACACUGCUACUGGGUUCCUUGAUUCCUUGAUAUUCAAUAAUGAGGUUGACUCGUAUCAGUCUUGGACACUAUUUCUCAUAUUCGUCUCUAUCCUCAUCCUCAUCUCGGGGGUCGUGCUCUUGACACAUAAAAAACCCGAGCCUGGUUCCAAGGCCUUGGGGUCCGCAUCUGCAGUUGUGGUUUCGUCUAAUCCGCGCGGCAGAAAGUUGAAGAGAGCAAGCACGAGUAAGGUUAGUCUUACCGGGGAGGCCGAUGACCAUCAUCAGAACGACGAUGAAGAGCAGGUUCUAUGGACGGUAGGGGAUGCCAGUGACGCCGAAGAAAUUGAGGAUGAGGACAUCGACCAUCAUCAACACCCUUUGAAUCUUCAGCGUAAUACGAGCGAUGCACCACGGAUAGUGAAGCCGCACGUACCAGGGGAAGAGGGUGAAUCCGAAGAUGCUGAUAGAGACUCCGACUCGGAGGGUGAUGUCGAUACUCAACGACAUCCCGUUGAUACUCCCCGGCAAAGCACUCAUAACGACAACUCAUUUAAAGAUGAUUCCGAGGAGUUUGGGGCAUGGACGUCUGCAGGCAAUUUGCGAUAGUUACUACUACAUAACGAUCAUAAUUUUUAGAUUCAAUACUGUACUAUAUCACGAAUUUUCUCACAUCUACCCGGUGUUCUUUGGUAUUUCCGCCUAAUGUUAUGUCCAGCCUAGUCAUUUCCUAA